AUGGCAUCUGCAGAAACAGAAUUAGCUGCAACUUCCGCGCAAAAGGCUGACAGCAAAAUCCGCACGGAUCUCGCAACCCUCCAAGAAAAGAUGGACUUGUGCACCAGCAUGCUUCAUCCAGGAGCUGCGGCUCCGAGUUUUUCGACUGACAAUACCACCAUGAUGAGCGUGGUGGGAUUUUUGGAAGCUUGUGUUCCUCGCAUGGUGGAAUUGGUCGAAGUAGCUGCCAUGGGAGCUGUCAGUGAAGAGGUCCUUAUGGAAUGCUUGCAGAAGAAUGACGCCUUGCAAAAGGUACUGACCGACAUUGAUCAAGCGGCAAUGACAGAAACAUCUGCUUCUACGACAACUGCCAGUGCCGAUGUGCCCUCUGUUUCGGAUCAACUAGACGACCUGUUGUUGGAUGAUGGCGGUGCUGCUGCCGCUGCAAACUUUACCAUCGGCGAUGAUGAUGACGAUGAAGGAGUCGAUGACCAAAAACCAUCAGCAAAUUUGAAGUCGGAUGAUGAAUUUGAUUCCUUUUUUGCCGAACGAACAGCGAGUAAGUAA